GUACGUGACGUCAUAGCGCGCCGCUGCUCCGUUACGCGAUAUGGCGAAUGAAGCAACGCGAUAUAAUCGCUCUGACGAUCUCCACAUGGCCGCUCAUGAUCUUUCUCCCGCAUAUAGCAUUUAGCCAAGGCACUUAGCAGGACGUUACGGAUACUUUCUUGGGCUAUGGAAUGUAAUACCAGUAAUCCUUGGAGGAAUUCUUCAUCACUUUCUUAGAGAUUCUUGCAGUUUUCUUCCAAAGAUUUGAAACCUAUACUUGGAUUAGAUACUUUAUUUCAUCAACGGGACGCUUGACAAACUAUCGGGAUAUAUACUUUUGGAGGCAAAACUAAGGUAGCCAUGAUUAGUCGUUUACACAAUAACGGAGACAGCUUCUUGGAAAAUGGAUACAUUGCUUCCAGUUGAAGAGAAGGAUAGAGUCUUCCAUAUUCUCUUUAUACCUCAUAAGGUCCCCUCGAUGAUCGGUGCACAGCCCCUGGUGUUCGGGCUUGCGACAAGAUAGUAUGGAGCAUGGGAGCCAAGAACACGGAUUACUGGUAGCAGAGGUUAACCUUACCGACAUAUCAACCACACCACUUCCGGAACCGCCCCGAGAACUCUGGGUGCUAAUCUUAAAGAGUAUAGCUAUGGUGCUGAUUAUGGUGGCUGCUGCAUUUGGGAACCUGCUAGUCAUUAUAAGUGUCCUGAAGUUCAGGAAGUUACGUGGCAUAACGAACUAUUUCAUUGUCUCUUUAGCAUUUGCCGAUUUUCUAGUUGCGACCUCUGCCAUGCCAUUCAAUGCGUCGAUGGAGAUGACGGGAAAAUGGAUGUUCGGUCGGAUUAUGUGUGAUAUAUUCAACUCAAACGAUGUGUUAUUCUCAACAGCAUCGAUAUUACAUCUUUGCUGUAUCAGUAUGGAUCGGUAUAUAGCCAUUAUGAAGCCAUUGCAGUACGAAUCAAAAAUGACAAAACGGCGCGCCGCCAUCAUGCUAUGCAUCACGUGGGGCGCGUCUGCACUCAUCUCUUAUAUUCCAAUUCACACCGGAAUCUACACAACUCCUGAGCAGAAAAAGGACUUUAACCUGGAUCCCUAUCUGUGCACGUUCGUGGUGAAUCAAGGUUAUGCAAUAGUAUCAUCCACAGUGUCAUUCUGGAGUCCAUGUUUCAUAAUGUUGUUCGUUUAUUUCAAAAUCUUUCGGGAAGCCCGCCGCCAGGAAAUUCAGAUUCGUGCUAUGCAAAGACAAAUGAUGCCCUUAAGACCCGUUCCCAAUGCAUCCCUGAACCGCACGAGAGCAAAUAGCAUGGACUCUAAUGAUACGAGCAAUGCUAGUUUCGCAACAGGCCCUGGAGAUGAGAGUAGUGAGAAUGAGCACGCGCUUGUCCUGAAUGCAGUCGCCGUCAGACAGGACAGGCGCAAGAUGCGGAAAGAACACAAGGCGGCGAAGACCCUCGGCAUCAUCAUGGGCGCGUUCAUCUUGUGUUGGUUUCCCUUCUUCCUGUGGUACUUCAUAUCAAGCAUGUGCGGUGAUAACUGCCCGCAAUCAGAUAUUUUAGUGUCAGUUCUUUUCUGGAUAGGUUAUUUCAACAGUUGUUUAAACCCCAUCAUUUACGCCUUCUUCAAUCGAGAAUUCCGAAACGCUUUCAAGGCGAUUCUUUGUUGCAAUAAAAGGCGGCGCCACAAGUACAACGGAUAUGACGCUUCUAGUUUUGCCUCCGAAUACAGGGGAAGUUUCCGAGUGAGUAGAUGACGGAAGCUCAUUGGUUGUUAUAAGAAGACGAUGUUGUAAUAUGAUGCUAAUGUCAAAUUCCUAUCGAUAGUAGAAUGCAACAUGUUCCGGUUGAAAAAAUAUUCAGGUAUGAAUGAUGUCGCCAUUAGUUUAUCUAUUUUCCGGAAGCAAGAACUUUGAGACUUCCUGUCUGUGGGCCAAUCACAACCUUCUGUCAUGCUCAUUCGCCGCAGGAAGCAGAAUUGAGGCCUUCAGAUUUUUCACGUUUUUUCCCAUCUGUCGGGUCGGAACAUCCGAGACUGUUCUUGUUGACGUUGGCGCCAUCUCCCCUGUCAUAGCUGUCACACAACAUCAUGAUUGUCGUCUGUUAAGAGCACAACACAAGACAUCUCGUUGUCACAACCAGACGACACUCAUUUGACGCGGGGCCAUGCAGGGGUAUAGAGAAAGACAUAAGACCUAAGGGGUAAGGUCAGAAUUGGGUCUAUAUUGUAUCACGCUGAGGAAGACCAUAAAGAUGCUUUUCUGGAGCCUUGAAAAGUUGCUGCUGCUAAUAUAGCUGUGACAUAGUUCAUACGCUGAUCGGCGACAAAGUAAACUGCUGUGGCAACUAAAGGUCCCAACAGAUUGCAAGUCGCAGUGUAUACGCACGAAUAAAUUAAGACUUCCAUUUCUUUCACAUCGGCAUUUCAGUCUUUACAGCUCUCAUUGGACAGUUUUCGCAAACUUUGCAAUUGACGAAAUACGAUGGUCCGUAGUGUCAUCGUGCUACUUUGCCAGCGUAAAUGAAACAAGGGAAAAUUUCAAAAAAUGGUCGUCAAUAAAGUGCAUUACACUACACUAUUGGCCUUCGUACCUCGUCUUUCGUACUGUCUGUGAAAGCUGCCUACAGAUUCUCCAUUGACGAUUCAGGCAAAUCAACGCUUAGGCAAAGAAGACUACUGUUUCAUGACGGAGGUCCUAAUAGAUUAAUGAAAUAAUUGUUUGUUUAUCUGAGGUUUCAAACCAUUGUAAAUAGUAUUAAUACAUGUAAAAUUGCGAAUAAACUGAUGCAGGA